AUGGAAAAGCAGCAACCAAAAAUACCAGCCCUGAUGACACUGCGACUGACGAGACCGACGACAACGACAACACAGACAGAAAGAACACCACUAUUGCAAACACCAGGACAGGCCCCACACCCACACAGAUACGGACGCGACGGCACACACCAGACUGAGACCCGACGAACCGUACUACCGACACCCACCACAUACAUAAAGAACACAUACAAACCUGCACAAGCUAACACAGACACACCACACCCACCACAAAUUGUCACACACCCACCAACAGUUACCCAAACCACACGAACCACAGCCACACACACGACUACACACCCACCCACCAAGAAACAAACACCCCACACAACCACACGCCCCACAUCCACACCAACACCAUGGCACACACUACUCCCCGCAUCACCCCCUCAAUGGGCACACACCAGAUUCGCGAGACCACAAACAACAGAAGACAGGAUCUUACAGACACUCGCCAACAUGGACAGACACACAGAACCGACACAGACAAAACAAACAUACAAAAAACACACAGGACCACCCCCCGAAAUAAUAGCCAUAAUUGCAAAUUUACAAUCAGCAAGCACCCUGGACGACGAAUUACGAGCACAAAGAGAAAGAUACAUGACCAGACGGGCACACGAACGCACAAACACUGACGAAACAGAAGCCGGCACCUCACACGCCAACCACACACCACACAUCUAA